CAGCGAGCUGGCGCACGCAGGCAGCAGCAACAACCCCCAGGGCCCCCGAGGGGGCCGCGGGGGCGACGGCGCCCACGGGGGUGCCGCCGCCGCCAUGGACGCCGAGGGCGAGAAGGUGCUGCAGCGGACGUCGUCCCUGCUUCAGAACAAGGCCUUCACUGACGUCACCUUCAUCGUGGGACCACCGUCGGCCUCCAAGAAGUACGUCGGACACCGGGUCCUGCUGGCCAUGACGAGCCCCGUCUUCGAAGCCAUGUUCUACGGCGACAUGGCCGACAAGUCAAAGGUCAUUCGCAUCGCCGACAUCGCGCCCAUCGGGUUCGAAAAUCUGCUCAGGUACGCCUACACGGACAACCUCAAACUGCAGACGGUGGACGACGCGAUGCUGACGGCGUACGCCGCGAAGAAGUACAUCCUGCCGCACCUGCUCAAGGACUGCUUCGCCUUCAUCGAGAAGCACGUGACGCCACAGACCGUGUGCCAGGUGUUCGAGUUCGCGCAGGUCAUGGAGGCCUACCCGCUCGUGCACCAGUGCCUCAACAUCAUCGACCGGCAGACGUACCACGUGCUCACGUCCAGCAACUUCCCAAACGUGGCUCUCCACACGCUGGAAACCAUCGUGCGCCGAAAGUACCUCAACCUGUACUCGGAGUACGCGCUCUACUCUGCAGUGGUCCAGUGGGGGCAGGAGGAGUGCUCCAGGAGGAACCUGGAGCGGGACAUGGACAACGUGCGCGGCGUUAUCGAGUCCGUGCUCCCGCUCGUUCGUUUCCUGGCCAUGAGUCCCGAAGAGUUCUGCAAGGGCCCGGCCAAGAGCGGACUGCUGACCAAGGAGGAGUGCUUCUCGGUCUUCAUGAAUAUGGCCAUACCGGGGAUUGUGCCCCUACCAAAAGGCGUCAGCAUGGAAGGUGCCAAGAGGACGUCGCCGCCCGAACACUUCGUGGCGCGACGCUACCAGGCCGUCUCCUUCCACGCGCCAUCGCGGCCACUGCGGCUGUUCGGCCUCAAGUUCGUCGUGCCCACGCGCGACGUGUUCCUCGUCGGAGUCGGCUUUCCCGUUCGCCAAGACCUCGGCUCGUACAGCGUGCGGCAGCCAAAGUUCGACGGCCAGCUGCGGUGCAGCUACAAGGUCCAGGAGGACCGGAGGGAGCGGGAGGAGCUGGACGUGUCCUUCACCCUGGCCAAGGACAAGGACGUGCGCAUCAAGUUCAAGAAGCCCAUUUUCGUGCGCAAGGCGCUCGAGUACGAGCUAGAGCUGCAGCUGAGCUCGCUCAUGAGUGAUGACGUCAUCGUACCGUCGCUCAAGAAUCGGAAGAAAGAGGACACCGUCGAAGGAGUGACGUUCCAGUUCUCGGCAUUCCAGAGACCGCACAUGUCCAACGUCCUGGAGAUUCUGGAGUUCUCGGAUUUGCUGUUCUACUUCUGAGUAAUCGUGCUCUCUCUUUUGGUGACGGCACCAGGAAGCUUCCUGCAGAAGUAUCCGCUCAAACGUUACGCUCGAUGACGAAACAGCCAUGACGUCACUGAGUGUAGGUUUAGUAACUGGAAGAAGAGAAAGGACACGCACCAAAUGGGACCUCGCCUUCACAGUUCUUGGACUUCCAGGGAUUCACGUGUAUGGUCCAGAAGGUCCAACGUGUCCAACUUACUGACUCACUGUUAUUAGUGCCGGACAAUGUGCGUGGCCCCCCGAAGCAUACUUUCACGAGGAGACAGUCCUGGAGAGCGAGAUUGUGUUACAAUGUUCUCGCGAAAAACGACGAC